GCGGGGACAAGAAAUAAAGCCGCCAGAGCGAACGGCAGGUUAGGCUUGAAAGCCACUUUUCUUAGUUGCGGGACUGUGGAAAGGUUUAGGGUGGAGUCCCGCACGAUGCAAGGAAUGUGACACACCACGGAGUGUGUAAUAGAAAACGCCGGUGGAGAAAUUAUUGGGGAGGUAUACGGCGGAAGACAACGGCACGAAAGAGAGACAAGACACUAAUCCGCAAGUUGUUGAGGGUUUGAAACCUGUACCUUCUCUCACCCCCUGACAUCAUGGCCCACCGCUCUCAGAGUUCCUCUAUGGGGGACAACCCCAUGGAUCCCAACUACCUGCCCCCCCAUUACCGGGAGGAGUACCGCCUCGCCAUCGACGCUCUGGUGGAGGAUGACGAUGUGCAGGGCUACUAUGAAUUCCUUCAAAGCUCGGACGUGGUGGACUUUCUCGCGCAGCCGGAGAUCGAGCAUAUCAAGUCCACAGUGAAGACCCCUAACCAGGGCCCGACUGUACCCCAGCUCCCCUAUCACGACGGGGCGCUGGGAACAGACGGCUCGUCAGAUACAUACUGGCCAGUGCACUCUGACCUGGACGCCCCAGGUCUGGACCUUGGUUGGCCGAUGCAGCAGCACAGCUUCGUAGGUCCUACGGAGGUGACCACGCUGGUUAACCCUUCGGAACCCAACAUGCCCAGUAUCAAAGAGCAAGCCAGGCGUCUUAUUAAGAGUGCACAGCAGGUGAUUGCUGUGGUGAUGGACAUGUUUACAGAUGUAGACAUCUUUUAUGACCUUUUGGAAGCAGCAGCACGUCAUGUCCCUGUCUACAUUCUAUUAGAUGAGCAAAAUGCACAUCACUUUUUUGGGAUGGUGACCAACUGCAAAGUCAACCUGGACAUGGUUCAAAUGAUGCGUGUGCGAACAGUAUCAGGUGUCACAUAUUUCUGCAGGACAGGCAAGUCCUUUAAAGGGCAGGUGAAGGAUCGCUUCCUGUUGGCUGACUGCAGGGCUGUGCUUAGUGGAAACUACAGUUUUAUGUGGUCUUAUGAAAAGCUCCAUCGCUGCAUUGCCCACCUCUUCCUGGGAGAGCUUGUCACAACAUUUGAUGAAGAGUUCCGUAUCCUCUUUGCCCAAUCACAGCCACUUUCUGCCGAACACGCCCUUGUGCCCCACUCAUCCUCAGAGACUAGCAGCACCAGCAGUUACUAUAGCAACCAGUUCGGUCUGAAAAGAACUCAAUCCACAAGGAAUCCCCAUGGUUACCUGCGACAACCAGAACUAGCCAUGUACCCCUUUGGUGAUUCUGGCCGUAACUCUGCUCUUCCAUUCCGAAGAGAUGACAUUUUUCGUCACACCAUGGAUCCCGGGGCAGGAAUAACCAUUGGGAAGUUUGCAGCAUCGCAGCAGUUCCGGCAGCAGCAGACGUUCCUGGAGCAGGGCCGCUCCAUGGUGUCCAGGCAGAUGGAGAUGAGUGCCAGUGCCUACAAGAGACACAGCUAUGCAGAGGGCACCCAGGAAAUCUACUCAUCCUCCAGACAGUACAUGAAGCAGAGAGUUAUGAACAACCUGGAGGAGACCGAGCAGCACCACCAAAGAGAGCAAAGCAAGUCGAGCCGCUACCACCAUGGCGGGGGGUCAGGUUUAGGUCCUGGCUCUGGCCACGAAAACUACGAUAGACUCCGAGGUUCUGCCUCUCACCUUCCUAUAGAGCAGUACUCUGACCCAGGAUUCCCCUCAGACCUAGAGCCCCCUCCUCACGGGGGCUACGCUAACAUCUUUUCCUCUGAGGACCUGAGACACGACCCGGGAAACACACAACCCCCAGUUUCAGGGAGAUAUGGGGAAGGAUCAACCCACAAAAGGCCCACUGUGGGCCAGCCGUAUGCCUGCCAGAGCUCCCCCACCCAGCUCCACCCACCAGAGAAGCAGGUGUUCCCAACAUCAGCAGAUCCAGAGCGGAGCCACGACCCAGAAGCCAAGGAUGGGCUUAGGAACUGGAGGAUCCAUUCCUACCUGAGCACCUGUGAGGAUGGUGAAGAGGGCCUACCCCUGCCUAUGGGAAGCGAUGCAUUUGAAGACCCCCAACAAACCCAGCAGCACACUGGCCAAGAGGACUCUGCACCCCGCUUUGGUAUGAAGGAGCCUUCAAGCUUCUUGAAGUCCAGACCAGACCCUCUGAGGCCACGCUUUGGCAAGCCCAUCCUGCCUGACAACAACACUGCUCCAACCACCACAGCAGCGGAGAGAGCGGCUGAGAGAGAAAAAGAGAGAGAGCGAGGGAGACCCCGGGAGGUGGGAGUAGAUGUGGAGAUGAACGAAGCUCCGGAUAGCAUACUCUCCAGACACGAGUCUUUCCGUACGCGCCUCAAUCCACUCCUACAGCGAAGUUCUCGUCUGCGCUCCUCUCUAAUCUUCUCUUCCUCCAAGAUGGAGACACACAACAGUGGCCUUGGCCUCCAAGCAGCCACUGAGGAGGAUGAGGAAAGCAACCCUAUCCGCACUUCCUCCAUUGUUGCACAAAUCUUAGAAAAGAGGAGGUCUUUGUCCCGGGAACCAUUUGAUUGGAGGAAAAAAACAGAAGAGAAGGAGAAAGAAGAUGACAAAACACGAGGGAAUAAAGACAGUGCGAUUCAAGAGGAACCCCCCAAAAGCAUACAAGAGGUGCCUAAGAACCCUUUAAAUGUGUGGGAGCCCCCAAAACCACUCACUACAGAGCCGCAAAAUCCUGAGCCCUCAUACAUGAACAUGAAUGAUCCAGCAAGUCGACUUCAGUACUUCCAAGAGCUGGCAGCCAAGAGAAAGGCCUCAAAGGUCGUGACAGAGUCAGGGUUAAAUAAUCCAGAACCUGCCUCCAAAAGCGACCUGUCUCACUCACAGCCUCCCAGGUUUACUCUUAAGGGCCCAGACCCUGUCCCCCCAAAAACGGACCUAUCUGACACCACGGUGCCUAAAACUGCCAUCACAGUCACUCCACCAGAGACAGAACCAGUGAAGCCAGAUGUUGAAAGCAAACCGGUGGGGCUGAUUCGUAAACUUUCAUUCUCAUCUACCAAACCACCCGUGAUCACAGCCAAACCUUUCGUAGCCAGGCACAAGAGUCCUGAGAAUACCCCAGCUCAGAAAGAAGAGUCAGACGCUCAGAAGGAGCCCUCCAGGACUCUGAAGCCCUUCCCCUCACCGAAGUUCUUCAAGAAAGACACGUUAAAGCCUUUAAAGACCUCCAGCUUGCGCCGUGUCUCCUGCGACGAGAAGGUCCUGACCACGGACGCCACCGACACGGAGAAGAGCGAGCAGAAGAAGAUCCGCUCCCUCAGCUCCUCCAGCAUGCCAAAGGCCGAGUCCAAGGAGGGGAUUCAAAAGACCAUAGGUUCUAAUACCUCUCUCAACACGCUUGGGGUCGGAGGAGACGGGAAAGCAGAUGGGAAACCGCUAGACUUCCUAAAGAAGCAGACGCAAAGACUGAAAGGAUUGCUCGGGCCAAAAGAUAAGAAAACCACCAGCAUUGCUUCCGUUGGGGAGGACAAGAGUAUGAGUACUGUUCAGGAGUCCUCCGAGGACUCUGGAAGACCUUUGAGCCCACCUGCUAAAGACGCCACCUCAACAACCAAUCACAAAGCCACAUCGAAAGUAGGCCCAUCGCGCUACCAAACCACCGGCAGCUCUGUUUUGUUCAGCAGCAACCUGAGAGACGACACAAAAGUCAUCCUGGAGCAGAUCUCAGCCAACAGUCAGAAGAACCGUCUGGAGCGAGAGGAGGCGAGUGGUGGGGAGAAAGGGAGUGAAGAGGAGAAGAAGUUGGAAAGACAGCCCUCAAUAAAGAAGAACCGGUUCCUGAGACCUCAGUCUAACCCCCAGGAGAGAGAGGGACUGUUGCAAAGGAUUGAGAGCAUGAGGAAGGAGAAGAAGGUCUACAGCCGCUUUGAGAUGGGGAAUAACCUGGGAUAACUAAAGAUGGAGGAGACCUUUGUGGAGAAGCUGUGUGUGUGUGAGAACCUGACUAUUCCACAUGUGCCAAACACAUAUGCAGCAGAACACAACUCAAGCACAUCUGGGCCUCAGCCUUCCUGGAUUAACGCAUGCAGAGUAUUAAUGAUUGAAAAGACAAACUAUAAAAAGUAACCUGAGAAAACCAAAACAUGAUUCCAAGUUUGGACUGUUCCCAUAGGCGUGCCAAACUAAACUCCAUCCUUGUCACUUUUACCAUUUAUGGUAUCAAGCAGGAACGGUAGGCAAACUCACAGUCAUACAUUUAUGGGAGGAAAAGAGUGAAUGAGUGCACGUCCUUCUGAACACACUCCCACCCAGGCAACAUGCCUGUACAACAAUGCACAUGCCCAGUCUGUUGUGUUUGUUGAACUAAAUUGGAAAGUGAUGUUGAAACUGUCUAUGGAAUCAUACUGAGCCUUAACAAAAUCAUAAGGUGUACUUAUUCCUUCUUUAAGCCAAAGACAGAAGAAUGAAGUAGAGUGAAACAGAGUUCAGGAGAGAUUUUUUUUUUUACAUUCUAAUUUUAUUAAGACUUUGAAAGCAUUCAAAUGAAUACUUCAGGCACACAGACACACUGUAGUAGUCUUUUAAAACUAUGACUUUGACACGAAACAGACGCCAGAUUAGUGUUUCUUUAUACCUAGUUUAAUGAGCCCACAGUGAACUUUAGCCUGUUAAGAGUGGUAUCUACUGUGUUGUUAAGGCGUGGCCCCACUCCUUAUGGUAGACAAUCUAAACAAGCGAUCAGGGAGGGGCGAGGCAGCCUGGGGCAGGAGAGGUGAUUGCAGGUAAAAUUGACCAUAUCUCUGUACAGAAUUGACCUGAUCUAGAAACAAAAAUAACUUGUAUUUAUUAUAAAUGUAACAGUCUGAUAAUAGUAGAUCUAAAAUCAGUAGCAAAGAAAGGAUACAUCUGUUCAAACACUUUAAAAUAUGCACACACCCUUUUUUCCCUCUGGGCAAUAACCAGUCAUUACAAUUAUGGGAGAGGGAGGAUGGCUAUUUUCACAGUAUUAGAUCAAGGUCAUAAUGACUGGUGUAAGUUGUUAAACUCCUGCACCUUUAGUGGGACUGCUAACCUGUUUAUCUUUGUCAACCAUAACUAAGCCAAAUAGAUGUACUUUUUUUUGUCAGAACAUUAGCCUGGAUCCCAAACUGUUUCCACAAUAAACGGUACAUUGGUGCUCUUAGUUGGCGAAUAUUGUUGGGUACAGCAAAAACAAAACUAUGUUUUCGUUUUUACAAUUUGUUGUGGAUUAUUCUUCAUAUGGAUAUUAGUGUACAUAUUGUUUUUACAUUAUACCAAGGGCUGUUAAUAACAGAUGAUCACCUGAGCUUUGCUCUUAAAGUGCCUUGUGUUUUUCUACAUGGGGUUGUUCAUAAGAAAACUGGAAUCAAGAUGAUUUUGCACAGGGAAAUUCUGUUUUCUUUAAAAAAACUGCUAAUGAAUGAUG